UCCUGUCAAAACACUAGUCUGCCCCAUGCUACAACAAUAUGAUGGACCUUUUCGAGACCAACACUUAUUUUUUCAACGAUUUGCGCUACCUCGACGGUGAUCAUGGAUCGUUACAACACAUGGAGAUGGCCGGAGUAUCACCUCUGUACCACGGGGAAGAUAGCCCUCUCUCGCCCACACAAGAAGUGCCGUCGGAAACUGGAGGGGACAGCAGUGGAGAGGAGCAUGUUCUGGUACCAGCGCGGCUCCAGGGGCACUGCGAAGGCCAAUGCCUCAUCUGGGCUUGUAAGAUUUGCAAAAGGAAGGCUGCUCCCACGGACAGACGGAAGGCGGCCACGCUGCGCGAGAGAAGGCGGCUAAAGAAAAUCAACGAAGCGUUUGACGCGCUGAAGAAGAAAACGGUGGCCAACCCAAACCAGCGCUUGCCCAAAGUGGAGAUUUUACGCAGCGCUAUAAAUUACAUUGAGAGACUACAGGACCUGUUGCAUACACUGGAUGAGCGGGAGAGGACGUCGGGGAACGACCCAUAUACUUAUAACAACAAAGACCAUAUUCCAUGUGGUGGCCGUCGUUGGAAAAAGUCCUGUCAGAGUUGGCAGACCAGCGACAAUGAGCAUUCCAAUGCGCCAAUGACAGGCCACAGAGAAGAAGGGAACGGUGUUGAUUCAUCCGGAUCAACUAGUCUUCGACGCCUGUCUUCGAUUGUUGACAGUAUCUCAAACGAAGAAACGAAAAAUACGUUCACAGAGGAUAUCUCGGAUAAAUGAGAUUGUGUUUUU